UCGGCUGAGAAGACCAAAGUGUUAAGUCAUUCAGUAUUGCUUAAUGACGUGUAUUAUGCGUCCGAAAUAGAAGAAGUAUGUCUUGUGGACGACAAUCAGUUCACACUAACCAUUUCCAACGAGAGCGGACCCCUUUCCUUCAUACACAACGAUUGCGAUUCAAUAGUUCAGGCGAUUAUUCACAUCCGCACGCGUUGGGAGUUAUCACAACCCGACUCAGUGACAGUGCACACGAAGAUCAGGCCGAAGGAUGUUCCGGGAACUCUACUCAAUAUGGCUCUUCUCAAUCUGGGCAGCGCUGACCCCAACCUCCGGACGGCCGCAUACAACCUGUUGUGCGCACUCACCGGUACUUUUGAUCUCAAAAUCGAGGGCCAACUCUUGGAAACGGCAGGUCUUUGUAUUCCUUCUAAUAAUACAAUUUUCAUUAAACAAAUCAGCGAAAACGAAAAGUUAGCCAUAAAUGCAUCCCAUUUGACACUCGAGUUCCUCGAAGAAUGCAUUCAAGGGUUUAGGGCAUCGAAUAUAGAGCUGAAGCACUUGUGUCUCGAAUACAUGACUCCAUGGCUUCCAAACUUAACUCGAUUUUGCAAACAUUCCGACGAUAAUAAAAGACAAAGAGUGGCCACAAUUCUCGAUAAACUCAUUACAUUAACUAUAGAAGAGGUUGAAAUGUAUCCAUCAAUUCAGGCCAAGAUCUGGGGUAACAUCGGACAGGUGUCUGAUCUGUUGGACUUAACUCUUGAUAGUUUUAUUAAACGAUCGGUUACUGGAGGUCUGGGCAGCUCUCAAGCAGAGAUAAUGGCUGAUACGGCCGUGGCCUUAGCGUCGGCUAACGUCCAAUUGGUGGCUAUGAAAGUGAUUAGUAGACUGUGUCGAGUGAUUGAGAAGACGUGUACGUCUCCGACCUCUACUCUGGUACUCACCGGUACUUUUGAUCUCAAAAUCGAGGGCCAACUCUUGGAAACGGCAGGUCUUUGUAUUCCUUCUAAUAAUACAAUUUUCAUUAAACAAAUCAGCGAAAAGUUAGCCAUAAAUGCAUCCCAUCUGACACUCGAGUUUCUCGAAGAAUGCAUUCAAGGGUUUAGGGCAUCGAAUAUAGAGCUGAAACACUUGUGUCUCGAAUACAUGACUCCAUGGCUUCCAAACUUAACUCGAUUUUGCAAACAUUCCGACGAUAAUAAAAGACAAAGAGUGGCCACAAUUCUCGACAAACUCAUUACAUUAACCAUAGAAGAGGUUGAAAUGUAUCCAUCAAUUCAGGCCAAGAUCUGGGGUAACAUCGGACAGGUGUCUGAUCUGUUAGACUUAACUCUCGAUAGUUUUAUUAAACGAUCGGUUACUGGAGGUCUGGGCAGCUCUCAGGCCGAGAUAAUGGCUGAUACGGCCGUGGCCUUAGCGUCGGCUAACGUCCAAUUGGUGGCUAUGAAAGUGAUUAGUAGACUGUGUCGAGUGAUUGAGAAGACGUUGGCCUUAGCGUCGGCUAACGUCCAAUUGGUGGCUAUGAAAGUGAUUAGUAGACUGUGUCGAGUGAUUGAGAAGACGUGUACGUCUCCGACCUCUACUCUGGAGCAGCACUUGAUGUGGGACGACAUCGCUAUUCUCGGCCGAUAUUUGCUGAUGUUAUCGUUCAACAACUGUCUGGAUGUGGCCAACCAUUUGCCAUAUCUGUUCCAUAUUGUGACACUACUGGUCCACACGGGACCCAUGUCUUUGAGAGCGUCAAUCCACGGAUUGGUCAUCAAUAUAAUCCAUUCGUUGUGCACCUGUACUAAGCCGUCAUUCAGUGGCGAAACGCAACGAUUAUUGCGUUUAAGUUUAGACGAGUUUUCGUUACCGAAGUUUUACUUAUUGUUUGGCAUAAGUAAAGUGAAGUCAGCGGCGGUGACGGCAUUCCGUUCAACAGCUACUGGCAGUCACGGCCGGCACUUCUGCAUCGAUCGACACCACUAUCUGCCUCAGGACCGGUCGUUUAACCAAUCCAUUGGUGAACAUCAGGAACGCAUACCUUUGGCCUCAUUGGAAGUGAUCACUGAUGCCCUGUUGGAGAUUAUGGAGGCGUGUAUGAAGAACAUACCCAACUGUGAUUGGCUCCAGCAGUGGAUUGAGUUGUCCAAGUCGUUUGCAUUCCGCUAUAACCCCGCUCUUCAGCCGCGGGCUAUCAUUGUGUUCGGCUGUAUAUCGAAGACAACUAUCGAUCAGGAAGUGAAACAAUUGUUGCGAAUUCUGGUCAAAGCUCUCGAAUCGUUCCAAGACUUACAACUCAUUGAAGCCAUAAUAAUGGGUUUGACUCGUUUGCAGCCACUUCUGGCCCCCGAGUCAGCCAUACAUCGGGCACUGUUUUGGGUCGCCAUCUCUGUCCUCCAAUUAGACGAAAUGUCUUUAUAUGCGUCCGGUUUAGCACUUUUAGAGCAAAAUCUUCAUACACUCGACUCUAUGAGUACUUUCGAAACAAAUACUUUAAAACACAUAAUGAUGUCAACGAGAGAACCGCUUGAAUGGCAUUUCAAACAAUUGGACCAUUCGGUAGGUCUGAGCUUCAAAUCCAACUUUCAUUGCGCUCUUGUCGGACAUCUGAUCAAAGGCUUCAGACAUCCGACGCCCACAACAGUCUCGCGAACGGCUCGUAUCCUAAAUAUGUUGUUAGGAAUUAUAGCCAAACCUCACAAACGCGACAAAUUUGAAGUGACCGUCGAUUCGGCGGCCUAUUUGUCAGCUUUGGUCUCAGUCUCUGAAGAAGUACAAAGUCGUUGUCAUCUUAAGCAUCGCAUCACAAGAUUGGUAUCGGAGUCGCCGUCGACUAAAAAUUUUACAUCAGAUCUGCAACAAAACGUGUCGAACACAACGGGUUCGUCGACAUCACCGAAGAAUCCUCCGACAACUCCCACACAACAAACCCCAUCUCCAACACCACUUCCAUCGCCCUCUACCUCCAUGUCCUCAUGCGUGAGUCAAUCGACACAAAUCACAAUAAUUGCCUCAACGUAUGCCAUGCAUCAGUUGCACCCGCAGUCGCCUUCCACAGCAUCCGUAUCAUCACAUCCCACUACUCCAACCAAUAGGCGCCAGAAGUCUUGGGAUCAACUCGACCAGAACGCCAUAUCUCAGGCUAAGCUCACCCGAGCGUCGAACUAUCAUUUCCAGCAUAAUAUGAACCCAGCGUUGACUCAACCACACAAAGACCCCGCAAAACACUGGAAGAGUCUCGAUAUAGAGGCGGCCAACUCUUUUCGACCCUUAUUUCGUACUCAACGCAGUUCUUCAAUGCCGACACCGAAAGUACAUAAAAGUGUCGACAAUUCUGUUUCGAGCGGAAGCGUUGCAGUCGUCGACAAUAACAGCGCUUCCAGCAGUCGAGGCAGAGGUUCACCUGAAGACAGUACUAUAGCCGCUGAUGAUAUUGAAGAUACGGCCAGACUUCGCGAUAAAAACAGAAAUUCUAGAGUUUCCGUUUCCAAUGAAGACAACGUGUUAUUAGAUCCAGAAGUAUUGACCGACUUUCCCACUCAAGCACUUGUACUAACAAUACUCGCAACACUCGUUCGCAACACAACCGAUGAAUUGGAAAUGAGAAUACUUUAUGAAUAUUUAGCGGAGGCUUCGGUUGUUUUUCCAAAAGUGUUUCCAGUUAUACAUUCAUUAUUGGACGCAAAGAUAACGAGUGUGUUGUCGUUAUGUCACGAUCAGGUGAUCUUAAGUGCAGUCCAGAGUAUUAUACAGAACAUGAUUGCGUGCGAAGACGCCCAACAACAACCACAUUACCUCCAGACUUUUGGUUUCGGUGGUUUGUGGCGAUUCGCGGGUCCCUUCUCUAAGUCUUAUCAGUCAAAUCUGGAUAACGCGGAGCUAUUCGUCAAUUGUUUGGAAGCGAUGGUCGAGACGUGUCUACCGGUAGACGACGGAGAGGUGCGUGAACUGGAAUACCCGAGUACUCUGAGCGUGUCGUCUACAAUGAAUCUCUCGUCAUCGAUGUCUUCGCUGACAUUGGGUUCUCCGACCGAUAAGGAGAUGACUGCACAGGAAUAUCAUUCGACAAAUUCUGUGUCGAGCGCUGCCAACGCUAACUGUGAGACCAAACGUAACGGUGCUUCCAAUCAACACCCGUUCAUCAAACAGAGAAGCUUUAAGUGUAAGGCACCCAAAAAUGGUAGCAAAUAAUGGAUUCAAUUUAAAACAAUUGUUAUAAUUUUAUUGUAAAUAUUUAUUCUCUUAUUAUUAUAAUUAUAAACUGUUUAACUGUUCGUUAAUCUAUUUAACUGUUCUAUUGAUCUCAAGAGCUGUUCUACUGAUGAGAGACCUGUUAUUUACCAUUAAAUCAUUUAUAC